UCAGUGGACACUGAUGCGCACAACAUAACAAGGCCUUUCUCCCCCUCCUCCCUCUCUCUCUCUCUCUCUCUCUCUCUCUCUCUCUCUCCCCCAGGUUCUCUCCUCUAUCCCGUCUCCCCUCCUCUGCUCUGCACCUGCUCCUCCCCUCCUGCCUUAUUAUCCUCAGACUCAGAGCAGCGCUCCGUCCUCGCCAAGUGAUGCUCCUCGGCGGCGCACAUCGGUGGGUAGUCGCCGCCCGCUGCAGGGAACCGCGCUCCGGCUUGUUUUUCUCAUGUGGAACCGCGCAAUGAAGGACGGCGGAACAUGGGAAUUUAACGGGGCUUUUGAGAGAGAGUGAGUCGGAGGAGAGCAGGACGACGAAGAAGCACCAAGUCCCAUCCGAGAGAGGUGGAGGAGGAGGAGGAGGAGGAGGAGGAGGAAGGGAACUCCGGGGAAACGGUCCCGCCGGGACGGGGGAACGCAGCGGAAGGUUCUGUGCUGUACAGAGUUUGAAAUGGACUCAGUGUGCCGGGUUCUGCUGCUGGGCUGUGCAGAAUAGAUCGCGGGAUUUAAAGGAAGGGGUUCCUCGGAGUUGCGGUCGGUCGGUGCAUUUCUGUUUGUGAUGGAGUGAGUGAGAGAGAGGGCGCACGGUAACUUCAGCCUCGCUAUGAAAUCAGUGUUUUUCAGCCGCUUCUUCAUCCUGCUGCCCUGGGUCCUUAUUGUCAUCAUCAUGAUCGAUAUCGACAGUAAAAGGACGAUCCGGGCUCCUGCGGCCGCUCGGACCGGCAGGGCGCAGCGGGCGGCCCGGACCGGCGCACCAGGAGUCGGUGGCACCCAGAACCAGACCGCCCUGCCGGUCAUCUACGCCAUCACUCCGACCUACACCCGCCCGGUGCAGAAAGCGGAGCUGACCCGGCUGGCGCACGCCUUCCGCCAGGUGCCCCGGUUCCACUGGAUCGUAGUGGAGGACUCGACGGCGCGCACGGAGCUGGUGGCGCGCUUCCUGGCCCGGUGCGGCGUGCCGUACACACACCUGCAUGUGUUCACUCCCCGCAGGUUCAAGCGCGCCGGGAUGCCACGCGCCACCGAACAGCGGAAUGUGGCUCUCGCGUGGCUCCGGCAGCACCGGAGCCGGCGGGACGCAGGGGUGGUUUUCUUCGCGGAUGACGACAACACGUACAGCCUGGAGCUGUUUGAAGAGAUGCGUAGUACUCGAGGUGUCUCCGUUUGGCCUGUGGGGUUCGUAGGAGGGAGAGCGUAUGAGCGGCCCCUGGUGUCCGGGGGUAAAGUUGUGGGCUGGUACACCGGCUGGAGACCGGACCGACCCUUCGCCACCGACAUGGCAGGUUUCGCGGUGAACCUCCAGGUGAUCCUGGCGAACCCGCGGGCGCAGUUCAAGCGGCGCGGCUCCCAGCCGGGGAUGCAGGAGUCCGACUUCCUCAAGCAGAUCACCAAGGUCACCGAGCUGGAGCCCAAGGCCAACAACUGCACCCGGGUGCUGGUUUGGCACACUCGCACAGAGAAACCGCAUCUCGCAAAUGAGCCCAAACAUCGGAAGGACACUGUGGUCAUCGAGGUGUGAGGGGACGAGCUGAGCAGCGGAUCCAGAAGCCGACUGUAGCUGGCCAUCAUCUCUUGGCUGGGACUAACGAUAGCUCUCUCUCCUUAUCGGUCGCAUACAAUCUGUUCACGAAGAACACAGACUCUGAGGAGCUGUGUGAUUCAACACUUCUGGCUGUCUGUCAAACUCUAAGAACUGGACAGCACCAAAAAAACGUUCGUUUUACAAACUGGGAUGACUCGUUUCCAACGUCCACGGCUUGCUGAUGUAAAAAAACUAAAAUGUAAUUGUAAAAAAAUUUCAUGUUGCUGAAUUGAAAAGUGCCAUGUAAAUCAUUAAUGUCAUUUUUAGUCAAUACAUCGUCAGAGUAACUGUGGUGCAGAUUACAGUGCUAUUGUGAUGCUGUUUCCUGUCUGUGCAUUAAGAACGAAGCUGGUAUCAGGAUGCUGUUUGCAGUGGUUCAGAAUUAACAUUAAAAGCCAAAAUGCAGGUAAAUUUUGAGUUUGGCUGAAAAAUAAAUUGGGGUUAUCGGCGAGAUGUCCGGUAAAUGAUUUAGGGACAGAUUUUCAUCACUUUAUGUUUUUUAUAUGUAGUGGCUGGGACUAAUGUGACCCUCACUGUCCACCGUAUCAAAUCAAAGCAGCUCAAGAUGAUCUAGCGCAGUGGUUCCCAACCUUUUUCUUUAAGGAACCCCUUUUCUAUCAUUAAUAAACUGACUCAGUGACAUAUUUUAUAGAUAUUUCAUAUUCAAAACUGUGCAAUGAACUCAAACAGUGAACUACUUGUGUAAAACCAGAGAUUUGGAUGAAUUUUGAGCAGAUCAUUUCCUGUUUAGGGAACUUUUUAUACAAUUCUCUGUCUGUAUUCUGUAUUUUUUUUAUAAUUGUUAACAAUCAUACAGACUUAAUCAGCUUCUUUUCUGACAAAUUCAGUGUUUUCUUCUCAUUGUUCUUCUAGAGAAUUUUCUUUACAUUCAUUUUUCUUCACAGAAGUGAACCAAAUGUUGAGUUAUAGGCCUACUGUUUAUAUUUUUUAAGUUUUCCUACAUGCCUUAAAAUCAAGAAGGCCUCACGACCCCCACAAAGCUUUGGCGCCCCCUAGUAUAGGGACCCCCAGGUCGGGAACCACUGCUCUAGCACUUUCUACACAAGGUCUAUAUGUUUACUGUAAGAAACAUCUGCAUUACAUGUUAUUUGAGAUGUAGCGACACCAAAAUGAAAGACAUGGAGACAAGGAGAUCGAGGUCCUGCAAGAGGCGACCUCUGGGCGACACUGAAGCCCCAAACUCCAGGCUAAAAUAUUAAGGUUCAGAAAGGCUUAAAACUUGAGGGAGCUACUUUAAGUCAAAUCAUGCAUGAGGCAGUUUUACGGCCGUUUUUUGGCAGAAUUUUCUCGGUUUACCUGCUAUUGGCACAUGAGCCACAAAGUUCAUUUUGGACCCUGCUGUUAUAUAACGUAGCUAGUUUAUCAUAAAGACUGUAAAGAGCUAGCGUCACACUAUCCAGAGUUCAAGAAUAUGUCUACCAGCACCUCAUUUAUUUAACCUGUACAUGAGCAGAAAAGUAGAACCAACUAUUUGUGGAUUUAGGGGAAGUUACGUGUUGUAACUACAGCUUUGGGAACAGACAGAUGAACUGUUCAUUCAGAAAUAUCCCCAACAACUCCCUGUAAAAUUCAAUUGUGAUUUUUACACUACAAUUAGUUAUUGAUGUGUUAAUUAGCUUUAAUUAGCUUUAACCACAACCUCCAGCUCUGUACUUAAAGAAAGAUGUUGGCAGUUUUUCUCACGUCACAUUCAGAAUGAAGGCAAGUUAGUGAAUUUCCUAAAAUAUUGAUUUGUUUUUAACCAUUGACAUAUAAAAGAUGGACGUUGCAAAGCCAAAAUAUUCGGAUAUAGGUCAUAAAGCCUGCUGCCUCCAUGUUACCAGAUGGGACAAAAAUCUAAGUAAAAUAAAUUUUUCCCAAAAGAUGAUUUCUGGUAUCUCAUCACACGUAUGUUCAAGUGUUUUUCUAUAAUUUUUCUGAUAAGUUUGGUUUUAAUUAAUGAUUUAUUAGUUAUUUGAAGCUAUAAAAAGCGAUUGACUCGGCCGGGUGAAAGAUGGCAGAAGCCGUAUCCGGGAUAUUUUGGGUGUGGAGACGUCCAUCUUUCUAUGUGUAACCCCUUUCCCACCACUCCCACUGAGCUGAUUAAAAUGUUGCAACGGAAUUCUUUACAUCAGCUUUUCACGCUGUUUUAUCAUCUGCAAAUGUUUUAGGUUUGUUUGUUCUGUCUUCACGGUGGUUGAUACCUGGAAGACACCAAUUUAGAGGCCGACACACAGCUAGGUUCCCCAGCUCUAGUCUUCUUUAUUUAAAUCAAUCAGAAUAAUGUCUCAGAGUUAAUGUGGGAAUGAUUUAUUAAUGCACAAACGCUGUGUCCUCAACUCAUCGUAUGUGAUGAACUGGACCGACCUUUUCCUCUUUCUGUGAAGUAUGUGAUCAGGUUUGGAAAAAUGCCCCACGUGAAGGAACUAGUAAGAUCCCUCCUGACAAGCUGCCAUCAAUAAUGAAGAGUCUGUGGGCUGACAACAAAGAAAACUCACCUCUCAAGUAAACUCACCUGCCAGCGGAGGAAUAAAAAGGAACUGGAUAUAAGCAGCGUAUCAGACAGGCCUGCAUGUGAAAGGGCCGCUUCCUUCAGUGAACGUUAACGCCAGUGUUGUACUGGCGCUUAAAGAGGACUGUGUCGGUGUGCCAUGGGAAUAAAAAACGCAUUCAAUCCAGGAUUCAACAGCCUUUAUUUCAAAUGACCCUCUUGUAAAACUUGGAACAGAAAAAAAAAGAAGCAAACGAAUAAAAUUCCCAAAAGAUAAAACAGUACUUUUACAGUUAAAAGAGUCAUUGGACAGGUGAACACAGAAAAAUUCCUGUAUAUAUAUAUAUCUUUUUUUUUUGAAUGCACGGAAACCACUUUUUUUUUGUUCUCUGUACUAGGCACCAGAAAAUGUAAACACAUUGGAAAUAAACCUGGAGGACGUUAGAUUUAUUGA